CGCACGCUUUUUUAUUAUUAUUUUUUCUGCUUCGCCCUCUCCUGCCACUUGUCACCUAAUCCAUUUUUUGUUCCAGGGGACAUUGUCAGAGAGAUCGCAUUAAGCAAUCCAUUUCAUUUCUUCUCUAAAAUAAUCUUCCUUCUUUUCUGCUGUAUCUAGAAAUCAGCAUCGCAUUUUGACAGAUUUAUUAUUCCUUACUUCCUCCAAUUGCUAAAAAAUACGCAGCUGUGUACUCUUCUACACGCGCUUUUUUUAUACUGUUACUGUUCUCGCCGAUAUGGAUCAUAUCAAUCAACAGUGGGGCGACCUUUCUACCGCCUUACAUAAUCUCCUCCCUUAUGGCCAUGAUAUGUCUCAGGAAGCGAGCGAGAUGCUCCACAAUAUCAUCUACCAUUUUGGACUCUGUUUGAAGUCUGAGGACUGGGCGCCUGGUCUGGUCGAAUGGGGCAGGCGACUGGAUAAGUACCUUGACUUGAAAUAUGCACUCCCAUUAGAAACUCGGGCUUCAUUUGCCAAAAUGCUCUGGGAAAUAUCCUUUGCGCCGGGUGUAGAUACUGCCAUGGUUGAACUGACUAGCGGCUACUGCUACCGCCUGAUUAAGAAAAAAGAUCCAAUUGGGCCCAAGGAUUUACAGCUACCAUGGAGACCUGUCUACGAAUAUUUGGAACGAACAUUGUUUCCCAAGAACAGGCAAAAAGCGCUACUGUCUGAAUCCAAGCGAUCAGCCAAGGUGGUUCGACUUAUUGCGGCGGCAAGACGGUUCUUCCCAUCAGGUGCCGCAGCAGAGAUACUGGAGGAAUUUAUUCCGAAAAUGAGUACCAGCAAUCUUCCGGAACUCCUUCGAGCUCAGUCAUAUCUCAGCACCUUUCUGCCCACAGACAUUGAAUCAGGAAUGGACCCGCGAGAGUGGAUGCCCGCCAUGUUUAGACUGUGGUCCAUGGUUGUAAGGUCCAGCGAAUUCGAUCGUAACUUUCUGUCUCUAUUUGCACGUGUGGCUAAAGAUAAUCUAGGCACCAAAGAUAUGUUUACAGAAGCACAAGUGCGCACAAUUUUUGCUGCUGGAUUGAGUGCACUAAAUUUACCUGUCGGAAAGGGCCAACGUACAAAUCAUGUCGAUUCAGAGGGUGGCACAGCUCAUAAGUCUAUCAGUCGGAAUGAAAUGCGGAUGUAUUCUGUUGCAAUGUUCAUUGUCAACACCAUUGAUCCAGUUUCAGAGGAAGAGAAUCCUGAGUCGUCUAUAUUAGCCCACUUGAGUGAUUUAAUACAAGCGACCGAAUCGUUCUUUCACCCUUCAAAUUCAGGCCAAUGGUCAUAUGUCUUAGCGCUUUUUAUUCAUUAUCUCGCUAAAACUUACUUGGAGCGAAUCAGGGAUCAGGGGAGCGAAAAGUGUAAGGUGCCACAAGAGCUGCGCCUAACAACGGAAAUUAACAAUAAGUUUGUGGAGACAAUCAAAGGCGUGACCUAUUUGAUGAUGUUCUCCAAAGAUCAGCGAGCAGUCGCUCAGAACACUGUGACUCUUCGUUACCUAGCUUGGAUUGCACCAAAGCUUAUCAUCCCAGGUAUAUUGGAACGAGCAUAUCCCUCACUUGAAUCUCUCACAGAGACUCAUCGUACUACGAGUGUCAUCUCGGCCAUGGGCUCUAUAGCUAUCCCAAUGCUCAACCGUAACCACUACCCACAGGGUGGAAAGCAUCUUUCGCCGCUGCUUCAUCUGACUCUUCCAGGCAUUGAUUUAAAUGAUCCAGCAAAAACAUGGUUUACUUUGAUGUUUAUUAGUUCCAUGAUCUCGACUGUUCCAUUGCAGGAUUUGACAGACAUGGGUGGCAUGGGAUUUCAAUGGGGUGGUAUGGAGGAGGACAUGCUGGAUUCGAAUGAGGUAGUUGAUAUAGAACUGGAAGAUGCAAACCGAAAAGCAACUACUGCAGAUUUUGAGGAAUGGGUUAUGAAGUUGUUACGCAGAGCAAUUCUCCUGUUUGAAAAUUAUCCUGAUGUAGAUCAAGGGACAAAGAAGGAUUCUGUCGAGACUUCUGUCACAGCAACCAUUGCUUAUUGCUUCGAUCUCCUCUUUGGCCAACUCUCGCCUAAACUCUACGACAUGACGACUAAGCUUGUGAUUGAAAUUCUGGAGUCGGCGCCUUUAAUCAACGCAAGUAAAGCUAUGGGAGAAUUUAUUUCAUGCUGGGCAUCUGCAAAUCGAAAGUGUUCCAUGACCAAAGCCUUCCCGAUCCUUGAUAGGCUGAUUCGAGCCGAACUUGAACAUGGUGCCAGCUCAAUCCCUUCAUUAACCUACUCUCAUAUGCAUCGGGAUGACUCUUUGCACUACUAUCAAGGACUACUUAGUCGACUUAUCGAUAGCAGCGAUAUCACUGAAUAUAGGACUGAAAUCAUCAGCCUUGCGAAACUCAUGGUCGAGAAAUGUCAAGAUCGUAGGGGUUACAAGAUGGCAGCGAAAGUUCUAGGCUCAGCGCUUCAAACUAUGCUUACUAUCUAUACUGUCAAUCCUAGAUCCCAUAAUUCCGCAAAAUGGAAUGACGAAGCAUUCAUGGCUGAAUCACACUUACAUUGGGGAGAGCUUGAAGAAUCCGGAUCUGAAAAAAUAGACUGGCAUAUACCUUCACAGGAUGAAAUCAAUUUUGGCAUCGAGCUUAUCGAGGUAUUCCAUCUAGCCUCCAUUGCAAAAGCUCGGGAUCUGAUGUCUAAUUCGAUUUUAGAAGGCAAACAGCUAUCUAUUGAGUUUUGCAAAGUGAUUACGUUAAUUAAAGCGUUCCUUGGCGGCAUGAUUACUCUGGUCGAAGACGAUGGCGACAGUCCUGCCUCAAAAGCAAACUUUGGGGAUGACAUGGACACAAUUCUGCCGCUAAAACGCAUCGAGGUUGGAUACUGCCUUACAGAUUACAACGAUCCACGUACCGAGAAAAUCCGCAAGAUACGCGCUGAUACUGGGCAGCUUUUACACGAGCUAAUGGGGUUCUUUCUCACAAAACGCGAAGACGAUGUGGAGAACAUCAAAAUCCUUGUCAAAGCAGCUCGUAUCUUUCUCUCCGAUCAUGGCAUCGACUCCAAGACCUUUGAUGCGAAUAGCAAGGGCUAUGAAUUUUUGAAGGCACUCUAUCGACUUCCUGGGGACAAAAAGAUGUAUCCACGGCUAAUGUGUUGUAGACGAGCAACUGCCCAUCACUAUACGAGGCUAAAGUUCAACUCCAGCGGACGUGUCAAGACAGAGCUUCACGAUGUAUUGAUGCUAGAUUUAACUGAGUUAUCCUUGAGUCAAUACACGGAUGUGAGAAAGAAAUCACAGCAAGCACUUCUUAAAGCCGUACAUUGCUAUCAAGGUGCCAAAUAUCUUGUCAUUCCAGUCCUACUCAAGUCCUUGGAAAGUUCAAAUUCCGAUUAUGAGAGGAUGAAGGGCGCACUCUAUUUACUCAGUGCUAAAUCACUCACACCUCCGUGUCUUCGGAACUGGCGCUUCGUGCCAGACUAUGUUCAGCGUCUAUGCACUGCCCACCAUGCCGACAAGCCAAGUGUACAAGCGCUGGUCCGGAAAUGCUUCCUAGAAUAUAUCGUGAACAUGACAAACUCCACGUUUACAGUCCACACGAACCAAGAAUUACUAAGCAGCGCUCAAAACUUCAUUGAUGUCCAUGGUCUAACGUACGAUGUAGAGACGGUCAACCGUGUCGCUCUCAUGACUAAGAACCGACGCCUAAACAGCAUAAAGGCAUAUCAGGACCUUAUUCUAGCAUUGACUGAGCUGGCCAAGGAUGAAUCAUUACAUUGGCGGUAUCAGACAAUGGUGAUGAGUUUUAUUGAGCUUUUCAUGCGGCCUGAAUUCCCUAUCAGUCUAGAUAUCGCGCGAUUCGAAGCCAAGAGCCUGAUCUCGGAGAUGUCUACAGUGCGAAGGAUCGCGCUAUCAAGCCUGAGCACCAUCAUGGUGAAUAUUAAGAUCAGAACAUUUGCUCAAGGGGAUCCUCACAGCCUCAUUAUUCGCAAGGCCAUUAAUCCUCUCAAGCGACGUGUGACUCUUCCUGAAAAAUUUCCUGAUAAUUUUACUUGGGAGUACCUAAAAGCGUCCGUUACUGAGAUCAACUACGCACAGCCUGAAUCGUGCUAUCUUGAUGACUCCAUCGAAACGGGCUGGCUUGCUUGGCCAAAAUCAAUAAAAGUUUAUUUGCCUCGCGCAGAAUCGUUCGCAAUGCCAGAUGUUGAUGCGGAAUCUCGCCCAGCAUAUGAUCACUUGGAGCAGUUUUUCAGCCAGGCAUCGACUUGGGAGAAAUUGGUGGAAAUUAUGGCUCAAGAGCCUGUCCGUGGUGAGCGAAGCGAUGCAUUUAGCAUUGAUCAUGCUCGAUUUUACAAGUCUAUCUUUGGAUUAUGGGAAGACAAAUUCCUUGAUGUCGUCGAGCCUCUGAUUGUCAAGCACUGUUCUACUGUUGAUGACAAGAAUUCACAACGUACAGCGGCAGAGUUGGUUGGAGGAUUGAUCCGUGGUAGCAAGCACUGGAAGAAAUCGGCAUUGGAUCGUAUGUGGGCAUGGUUGACCCCAGUUUUAAAGAAAGUAUUUCAAAUGUGUACGCCAGACUCUUUGGUAUACUGGGAAAGAUUCGUAAAAUACUGCUGCGCUCACCGUGAUCCGCGCCGUAUACUACCUUUGGUUUCACUGAUCUUUAACACACCUCUGGACAAGGACUCAGCAGCAGCGUUUUCUGAAUCCAAAAACUUAUUCUUUACUCGCGCAGUUCUUGUGUCAUUAUCAUGGCGCGUCUCGUUAUUGACGCCUGCAUUGACAGAAAAUUGUUUGGGACACAUCAACCAUCCAUACAAGCAGGUGCGCGAAAUAUUAGGACAUGUCAUUAAUGAAUGUUUCCAGCUUAAACCGCACCCUUCAUACAAGAAUGUUCAAGAGUUCCUUAGUGUACAAAAAGCUGAACGAAGCGAACCCAGUGCGUUAGUCGAGUCUCUAGAUGAAGAAUCAGCGCGCCAUAUUACGAGUCUGGCGCAAAACCUAGAAAAAUGGAGAGUUGAACGCCAUCCAGAGAUUCAAGGAGCUUCUGAUUAUACUAAUGCCAGCAAAUCAGUCUUAUCAUGGGUCUAUCAGGCGCUUUCUAGCUUCCGUGUGCAGGCUACAUAUGGCGUAGUUCUGCCUUUAGUUCCCGAACUUUUCCAGAUGCAAGACAUUCCUGAUGACCAAGACCUUCAGCAGUUGGCAACAUUCACGUUGUUUCGGCUGGCUCGAUUCGCCUACCCUGCAAACAUAGUUCCUACGAUGGUUGAUUUGUUCUGUAAUAUCUUGAAGGAAUCGACCAGUUGGCAUAUACGUAAUAACGUAUUGCCAGUAGUGCAGGUCUUCUUUUACACAAAUUUGUUCUCGAUGGACCUGGAGAUGAUGCUCAAGGUUAUGAAUGCUGUCUCAAGUAUGCUUUUAGAUCCACAGAUUGAGGUCCGACAACUGGCUGCGUCGACAUUGUCCGGUAUUGUUCGUUGCUCACAACGUGAUGCGACCCAGAGAUUGAUCUCUCAUUUUAAGGAGCUUCUCAAGUCCACCCCUCUGCCAGCGCGCAAAAGACGUGGUCCCAAGAAUGAGCCAGUAAAUGAAGGGUAUGCCGAGGCCAUAGUGAGACGACACGCAGGCGUCUUGGGCCUAUCGUCAUUACUCGAGGCAUUUCCUUAUGAUGUCCCGAAUUGGAUGCCUGAGGCAAUGGUGUUUUUAUCAGGAUACUUUUCAGACCCACCACCAAUCUCAACUACAGUCAAAAAGGCAUUUAGUGACUUUAAGCGCACGCACCAAGACACAUGGCAUGAAGAUCAAAAACGGUUCACUCAGGAUGAACUGGAGGUUUUGAGCGACAUGUUGAUCUCGCCUAGUUACUACGUUUGAUAUACUUCAUUGGGUAUCCAGGAGCGUUGUGUCCAAGGGAAUGCUAUGUGUAUAAAAUGGAGAUUAAUUAUCUUUAUUUUGUUUGUACCCAAAUAAAUCUGCUCACUAAUGUGGAGCAUAAAGAAUAAGUG